GAAUCACCAACAAGUGAUCUAGAAAUGAGAGGAGGUCGAGGAAGAGGGAAGCGAGCAAGGUCCGCAGCAACCGUGCCAGGAAAUGAUGCUAGUUUUGUGGAAGCUAGAGGACUACAGAAUAAGAACAGAGGUGGUUCUAAUGGAAAAGGAAGGAGGGGUAGCCUUAACUCAAGUGGUCGAAGGACACCUCCAAACUGUGCUGUUGAAGAUGUCAAAGCCAGUCCUUCUUCUACAAAUAAGAGGAAAAAUAAGCCUUCUAUGGAACUGGAUUUAAACUCCAGUUCAGAGGACAAUAAGUGUGGAAAGCGUGUUCGUAGUAAUUCUAGAAGCACUCCAACCACCCCUCAGGGGAAAUCUGAGAUUACUUUUUUGGACCAAGGUUGCUCUUCUCCGGUAUUAAUUGAUUGUCCACACCCAAAUUGUAAUAAAAAGUACAAGCACAUUAACGGACUUCGGUACCACCAGGCUCAUGCACACUUAGACCCAGAAAGCAAACUGGAAUUCGAGCCCGAAAAUGAAGACAAAAUAUCAGAUUGUGAGGAGGCAUCGAGUACCAUGGCAUCUCAAUUUGAUGAGCCAAGCACAAUGGUAUCAACAUUUGAUCCACUAAAAACACCAAUAUCCCCCAGCUCUGUAAACACCUCUGGGACACCCAAGAGCAAGAAAGAAUUGAUUAAUAAUGGCCCAAGUUCAAUUAUCAACUCAAAAGCUGGCAAGAGUUCUGGCAAAAAGAAGGGCCUUAAUAGUGAACUCAAUAAUCUUCCAGUGAUCUCUAAUAUGGCAGCCACAUUGGAUAGUUGCUCAAUAACAGAUGGCAUUUUGGCUACUGAAAUGCCCAAACUGGAAGCGGAGGGACUAAUAGACAAGAAAAAUUCAGGUGAUAAAGACAAGGGCAAAAAAGCUAACAGUUGCAAAGUGGAUAAAAACCUUUCAAAACUUAAAACUGCCAGGCCUAUUGCUCCAGCUCCAGCUCCUACUCCUCCCCAGUUGAUAGCUAUUCCUACUGCAGCCUUUACAACUACCACUACAGGGUCAAUAUCAGGAUUGCCCUCCCUCACAACUACUGUUGUUCAAGCUACACCAAAGAGUCCUUCAUUAAAACCUAUUCAACCAAAGCCCACAAUUAUGGGAGAGCCAAGCACUAUAAACCCAGCUCUCACAUCACUUAAAGACAAAAAGAAAAAGGAAAAGAGAAAGGUAAAAGAGAAAGAAAGUAAAGAGUCAGGAAGCCCUAAAAUAGAUAUGAAGCUAGGAAAGCUUGAGGACACAAAAGGAUCUGGGAAAGACUUAUCAGGUCAUUUUUUAAAGGACCAUCUCAGCAAGAAUGAAGCACUAGCUAAUGGUCUAUCAGAAUCUCAAGAGAGCAGGAUGGCAAGUAUUAAAGCUGAAGCUGAUAAAGUUUAUACCUUCACAGACAAUGCACCCAGCCCCUCUAUAGGGAGUGCUUCCAGAAUGGAAUGUAGUCCUUUGGUGAAUGGACAGUCUCCAUUGCAUGUGUUGACACAAAAUGGGGCAGAGAGUUCAGUCACCAAAACAAAUAGCCCUGCAUAUUCAGAUAUAUCUGAUGCUGCUGACGACGGUGGUUCUGACAGCAGGUCAGAGGGCAUGAGGUCAAAGGCCAGUUCUCCUUCAGAUAUUAUUUCUGGUAAGGACAGUGUUGUAAAAGGACAUUCUUCAGCUACAGCACAAUCAUCCCAAGUGAAAGAAUCCCAUUCUCCCUAUUACCAUGGCUACGAUACUUAUUAUUCUCCAAGUUAUAUGCACUCAGGCCAAGUCAGCACCCCUGCAGCUGGGAACAGUAGUUGCACACAGGGAAUGAAGAUCAAAAAGGAGUCUGAGGAAGAAAUGGAAAGAAAAGACAAGGCAGAGCCAUUAGAUCCUAAGAAAAUGGAAAACAAUUCUAAUUUACCACCUCAGCACCAGUCAGUAAUAACUCAGAGACAUCCUGCACUUGCCCAAUCACUUUAUUAUGGACAGUAUGCAUAUGGACUCUAUAUGGACCAGAAGUCCUUAAUAGCCACUAAUCCUGCUUAUAGACAGCAGUAUGAAAAAUAUUAUGAGGACCAGAGGUUGGCAGAACAGAAAAUGGCUCAAACUGGAAGAGACUGUGAGAGAAAAAAUGAACUCCCUUUGAAAGAACUGGGCAAGGAGGACAAUAAACAGAAAAAUAUCCCAGCUGCCACCAUCUCUAAAGCCCCUACUCCUCCAGAACCUAGCAAAAACAAUACUAAACUUGGGCCAUCAUUGCUUAAUAAAACUGAGGAGACAGGUAAAUCACAGAUUCUGUCCAAUCACCAGCAGCAGCUUCAGUCCGACAGCUUCAAAGCUAAGCAGAUGGAAAACCACCAGCUUAUUAAGGAGGCUGUAGAAAUGAAAUCUGUCAUGGAUUCCAUGAAGCAGACAGGUGUAGACCCAACCACAAGAUUUAAACAAGAUCCAGAUUCAAGGACGUGGCAUCAUUAUGUCUACCAGCCUAAAUAUCUUGAUCAGCAAAAGUCAGAAGAGCUUGAUAGAGAGAAAAAAUUAAAAGAAGAUAACCCAAGGAAAACACCUAAUAAAGAGAGUAUGGUACCUGGCCUUCCUGUGUCAUUAACAAGUAUCAAAGAGGAGCCCAAAGAGGCCAAGCAGUCUGAUUCUCAAUCAUUUGAAGAGAAAAAUAUGAAAAAUGAUGAUCGAAAGACUCCUAUAAACUGGAAGGACUCACGAGGAGCCAGAGUGGCUGUCUCAUCUCCAAUGAGUCAGCAUCAGUCCUACAUACAGUACUUACAUACUUAUCCUUAUCCACAGAUGUAUGAUCCCAAUCAUCCUGCAUACAGGGCUGUGUCUCCUGUCCUGAUGCAUAGCUAUCCUGGGGCCUAUCUCUCUCCAGGAUUUCAUUAUCCUGUUUAUGGGAAGAUGUCAGGGAGAGAAGAGGCGGAAAAAGUCAAUACCAGUCCUAGCAUCAGCACGAAAACAGCCACUGAAUCUAAAGCACUGGAUUUGCUUCAGCAGCAUGCCAACCAGUACCGCAGCAAGUCCCCUGCUCCAAUAGAAAAGGCUGUAGCUGAACGUGAGCGGGAAGCAGAGAGGGAACGAGACCGUCACUCCCCCUUCAGUCAACGCCAUCUUCAUACUCAUCAUCACACACAUGUUGGAAUGGGUUACCCACUAAUACCAGGUCAAUAUGAUCCUUUUCAAGGGUUAACCUCUGCUGCCCUUGUAGCUACUCAGCAGGUGGCUGCUCAAGCAUCUGCAUCUGGUAUGUUUCCUGCACAGAGAAGGUAA